AUGGGUGUCACUGCAGCCCCAACUCCUGCCAUUGUUGGCGCUUUGCAAUGUCAAAAGAAUUCUUAUCUCCAGACGCUCGAGACGGAGGUAGUAUCAUGCGAAGAAUACGUGCCACCCAAGUCACAACAGAACGGGAAGUCGAAGACGAAGAAGUCCACGGAUCCCACCAAAGGUCUUGAGAACGGAGAUGCAGCAUCCGGCAAGACAUGGCUUAUCGAGCUUGCGGACUCAGUGCUAUUCCCGGAAGGCGGUGGCCAGCAUACCGACUACGGCGUCCUCACAACACUGAAGGACGAAAACAAGGAAGAGGUUCCAAUAAGAAGUAUACAACGUCACGGUCUCCGCUGCAUACACUUCUCUCCCACACCCCUCGCUCCAGGAACACCAGUCCGUCAAACCGUCGAUUUUGCUCGCCGCUGGGACCUCAUGCAACAGCACACUGGCCAACAUCUCCUCUCAGCCGUCAUGGACUCCAUGGACCUGCCUACGCUAGGUUGGAGCAUGGGUCAGCCCGGAGAAAUGAACUACCUAGAACUACCACGGAAACCAUCGGAAGAAGAGCUCCAAACUAUCCAGAAGAAUUGCAAUGCCAAGAUUAGGGACAGCAUGCCGAUCACUGUAGAAACACCAGAAGGCAAGGGGAGCGAUAGCCUACCUGAAGACUACGAUAAAGAGAAAGGUGUUGUUCGGUUUAUUAAGAUUGGGAAUAUGGACUACAACGCUUGCUGUGGGACACAUUUGCAGAACUCGUCGCACAUCAAUGUCAUAAUGCUGCACCACAUGCAGUCGGUACGAGGUACCAACUGCAGACUCUUCUUCACGGCUGGAGAUCGCGCGAUCAAGAUGGCUACGGAGUCUAUCAACGGUCUUCGCUCCAUCGCUGUGUCUUUGUCAUCUGGAUCGGCGCCUACGGAUGUUGCGGCAAAAGUACAGAGAAUGAGCGACCAAAUCUCUGAAGGGCAGAAGAAAGAGAAGAAAUUACUAGCUGAGAUAGCAACAUUCGAGGGUGAUCGCAUAAAGAACUACCUACAAAGCCACGACAUGGCCUUUAUGCAUCGCGCAACAGAUGGUCUUGACUUCAUCAACCUUGUGCUCUUCGAAGUCAAGGAAAUUGUCAAAGAGCGAGAGGCUGUCGUAGUCUUGUCUUCAGGCGAGGUCAAGAGCUCUGGAUCCAUCGUCGUGUUUGGCAAACCUGACUUGGUUGAGAAGAUGGCGGCGAAGGUGAAGGAGGUUGUCAGCACGGCGAAAGGAGGCGGCAAGGGAGAAAAGUGGCAGGGCAAGGUCACCGAGUGGCAGAAAGGCGAAGUUGAAGCGUUGAAGCAAGCUAUUGAUGCGCAGUAA